AUGGAGUCCGACUCCGACGCGAACUGGGAUAGCUCCGGCCGCUAUAAGCACGCGCGGCGGCUCGCCAACCAUCGACGCAUCAUCAGUUCAUCAAUCAUCACAUCUCUCGAUCGAUCGAUCGCUCGCCGCCGCCUCGUUCUCGCGCUGCUAAUCCUCCAAGCUCGCGCGGUUCCCCGAGACGUACCGGAGAUGGGGACGAAGAAGUCGUGGUCCUCGAGGCUGAAGGCGAAAUCGAAGAAGCCGGCGCCGAAGCUGGAGACGAGCUUCACCUGCCCGUUCUGCAGCGCCGCCGGCGCGGUGGAGUGCGUCGUCGACCUCAAGCUCAAGAUCGCCGAGGCCUCCUGCUACACAUGCCUGGAGCGCUACUGCACCACCGCCCACGCGCUCACCGAGCCCAUCGACGUCUACACCGAGUGGAUCGACCAGUGCGAACUCGCCAAUGCCAACGCCGCCGCCGACGCCGACGACGACGACGACCGCCGCCGCAAGAGAAGUCGUACUAACUAGCUGGCCACCGUCGACGGCCACGACGAUGUGUGUUUGCGUGGUCGUGUCAGGACUCUAGUUGAUCAAGCUGUAGGAGGAUAGAAGAAGAACACAUAUGUGACCGUGCAUUCAUCUGUCCAUCACUUUUCACUUCUUUUGAUAGGAACUAGCAUGUUGCUCCACACGUACGACUAGUAUUUUUUA